AAUAAUGUAUCGAGAAUGACAUUGAGCACAGCAACAGAAUUUUGGUUUUGUUUCAGGGACCUUGUUUAUCGUUAGAUUUUACAAGUACAGAAACAAUACAGACGCAAAGAUCCCUUCGUAUGACUAUGUAGAACAAUAUUUCAAACAGGCUCAUGACGUUAUUUUCGAAAUGAGACUCGCAUCAGGAGUAAACAAUAUUGACCGGAUGUUUACAUAAUUUUUUCCAACUUUCAUUUUAUCCAGACAGUAUUACAUCAAAGAACAACCAUGUUGGGAAAAGAAGGAAACUCCUCUAUGUCCAACAGUACUACCCCAAGUAAAGACUUCAUAAUGGCUGGUUGUUUGAUUAAUUUCAACACAGUGGCAUGCAUAAGGAGCUCCAUUUUGACUUUCUUAGCAGUUGUUACAGGGAUAGUGUGUAUUUUUAAGGUGGUGCGACUCCACUUGAUGCACCACCCAGCAUGGCACCAGUAUGUUAUCUUCUACACUGCUUCACUGGAAUGCACUAUUGCAGGUGUACACUGGGUUUUGGUCCAGUAUGCCCAGAUGGACUUUGUUCUACAGUACUUGAAGCUGAUCCAGUUCUUGGUCAUGUGUCACUUCUACUGGACACUGGCCACCAGAGCUCUCAGAAGAGAAAGACUCACUAAAUGGUUCUUGAUUCCCUUUCUGAUUUUGGUGUGCGUUUACUUCACUGUCAUAGCCACACUGGGAAUAGUCAAUGUAGAACCUGCCAUUACAGAAUGCUUACAGCCCUACUGGUUGGAGCUAUCUGGAGCAGAGUUUGCCACCGUCCAGCUAUUUAUGGUUGCUGGUUUCUACAUCACUCGUCGCCUUAAUGAGAUCAGCACCCUUGAUUCCGUCAGGUGGUCACAGAAGAGAGACCUCUGGUGCAUCAUCAUUGUAUUUGAAAUCUCAGCCUUUAUUGGAUUCAUGUAUGACCUAACACUUCAGAUAAUUGGAAAUGAAUCAAAUGGAUGUGGAAAUAUAUUUGGUGGGAAAGAAGAACUCUUUUCAUCUGUUUUUCUGGUAUUCAUGGUUCUCAAACUUUUGCUGCCAAUCUGGGUCAUGUUGUUUGUGUUUCAAGCCACCCCAGUUGUAAAUGAACCUGAUGAUUUAGUACCAGCUCUCAGUGAUGAUGGGAAUUCCUUGUUUGGAAGUAUAGAUGACCACCAAUACCGACAGCUGUACCACCCCACAGAGGAUUACAACAGUUUCAGGGAUAACUCACCCUCCCCAAAUCGCCCUUCCAUCAACAUCACAAAGAGCAGUUCCUCCAAUCUAGACCCAAUCAGGGAGGAAGGAUCAUCCAACUCCGACCAAAACAGGACGGCUGCCAGAGGGAGGAACCAACCACAACGAGGUCCAGAGGCCAUUGCUGCCACCCGGCCCCCCGCGGAGGAUGAGAGAGAAACGCCACCCAGUCAGAGAGGAAAGUUCUAUAUAUAGAACAAGUUUUACUUCAUUAUCUGAUACUGGUGUAUAGUAUCACAAACUGUUAAUCUUGUUGAGAUGUAAGAAGACUAUAAAGCAGUGUUGCAAUAUUGACCAUUAUUCAGUUCUAUAUUUUACUUCAUUUGUUGUGAGAUAGGCUAGGACGAAAGAAUGAUUGUCUUUUAAUUUGUGAAAGCACUUUAGAAGUUUUAAGAUCUGUAAAAUUUGUGAAUACCUGUAACUUGUUAAGAAAUGUUAGUAAUAGUUAGUAAGUGCAAGGCCUAUGGAAGAUUUGUUGUGUAAUUUUGCACUGUAUCAUUAGAUGUACAUAUGCAUAUAUUAAAUUAAUGUACAUGUAUGUUCAAAUUAAGGCAGUUUAUAUGUAGUUUUAGAAAAAUAGGUUGUCUUUUGUGUGUGUUUGUAUAUGUAUUUUUUUUUUUAAUAAUUGGCAUAAGAAAGAGGAUUGAAAAGGAAUUUAAAAAGACUUUUUUAAAAAAUUUACAUUCAUGAAGGAGCUAGAAAAUUUGCCAUUCAAGUUAAUUUCUAAAUUUCAACUUUAACUCUUUUUAAAACUCAUUAUUCUAGAUGCUUUUCUUAGCUCAAAGUUAUGAUUAUGUACAUUGUUUAUUAAUUUUUUUGUUGAAGAUUUAAAUGAUAUUGAAAUGAUAUUUACCAUGUGUACCGUUGAUAAGCAGACACAUUGCAAUU